CCGAUGUUUUGACCAUAUCUUUUCUUGCAGAAAUCUGACGAAGCACCCAGGUAAAAAACCACACAUGAUGGUGUCCACUGCGGUUGAACUUGCCCAUGACGCGCUUUCUCUAAAAUUCCUCGUUGGAACUUUUGCAUUUUUGAUUCUGAAUUUUUUUUUUCGAGCUCAUCAAAACCCUCUAUCAAGGUAUCCUGGACCAUGGAUCUCCAAAUAUACCAACCUCAUCGCAAAAUAUUAUUUCCUCUCAGGGACUAGACCCCGCUAUGUGCAUGCACUUCAUAUGAAAUAUGGCCCCGUUGUUCGAGUCAGUCCGAACGAAUUGGAUAUUUCUGACAUUGAUGCUGUAAAGGAGAUUCAUCGUGUGGGUGGACGGUAUCUGAAGUCAGAAUUCUAUGAGAAUAUUGGCCACCGAAGCCUGAAGACAUUGUUCAGCACAACUGACACAAGUCACCAUGCGAUUCGGCGGCGCCUAUUAUCUGCUGGAAUGGCACGUAAUAAUCUUAUGCGUUUGGAGCCGGUAGUUAUGGAGCGAGUACAACUGACUAUCCGCCGUAUGGCGGAAGAGAGCCAGAAACGUGGAGUUAUUGAUGUUUUCAAAUGGUGGACGUUUAUGGCUACGGAUGUGAUUGGGGAAUUGAGCUUUGGGGAGUCCUUCCGGACGUUGGACAAGGGUGAAAAAACUCAGUACAUCAUGGAUCUUGAAAAUAUCUCCUCGUUCAUGGCAAUUCGCACGACCUUUCCAACUUUACUUCGGUAUGCGCAGUUCAUUCCAAUCUUCCCUUUGUUGAGGCGAGUUUCAGAAGCUGGGCAAAGAAUGUUUCAAUAUGCUCAACAAGCCAUUGGUCGAUACAACAAAAUGCUGGAAAAUAAUCCCGAUCCCAAGCAGACGCUAUUUACAAAAAUGUUCAAAGGUGGCUCCGAGGGUUUAACACAAUUUGAAAUUACUCUAGAAGCUGGUGGUUAUAUAGUCGCUGGCAGUGACACAACUGCGAUCACAUUGACAUAUCUUGUAUGGGCGGUUUGCAAGAAACCUUCAAUACGCGACCGAUUGGUGGCCGAGGUUAAGAAUCUGCCUGAAAAUUUCAAGGAAGAUGAUCUCCGUGAUUUACCAUAUUUGAACCAGGUCAUCCAUGAAGCGUUACGGCUCCAUUCAGCGGUGCCCAGUGCCUUGCCACGAGCUGUUCCAUCUGAAGGAGCAAUUUUAGCUGGAUACAGGAUUCCAGGUGGUAUGACAGUAUCUACACAGGCUUAUACCUUGCAUCGUAAUCCUGUAAUCUUUCCCAACCCGGAAAUCUUCGAUCCUAGUCGAUGGGAAACCCCAACAAAAGAAAUGAAAAAUAUGUUUAUGCCAUUUGGAGGCGGUUCUAGAAUUUGUAUUGGAAUUCAUUUGGCAUGGAUGGAGUUACUCCUGGCCACCGCCCUAUUCUUCCGCACGUUUCCAAAUGCGCGCGUUUCCCAGAAAGAGGGGAUGUGUGACCAAGAUAUGGAAGCUAAAAUGUUUGUACUUGUAUCACCGAAAGGCCGGCGUUGCUUGAUUGAGUCUUGACGGAGUCCUUUCAUAUGAAGGAUAUGGGUUAAGUUGCCCCAAUCCCAUAUUGGACACACCCCUGCAUAUCUAGUGAUUGAGGGCAAAUCAUCCCCUUGCUCCUAAUUACAAUGCUUGAAUUAUUAAACUAUUUAUUAAUUGUUCUCUUAACAUGAAGAUGGAGGCCAAAAGAAGCUACCAUACA